AUGCAGAGAGACACACCUCUCCCUAAACCACUUAUGGUCAAACCUAACUUCACCGUGAACUCUAUGGAGACUAGAUACAAACCUCCCUUUUCUGACAAGCCUCAGUGGAGGACCAACUCGAGAGUUGUUGCUUCAGGAGUGACACUGCCCAGUCAUAUUGCCCAAAGCGGUACAGCCCUGCAGCCGGUGGGUUAUAAAGGACUGCAAGACAACAGCACAGAUACACAAGCCCGUACUGGCUUCACAGGACCUUUGAACGUCCGUUCAGAAGGAAAAAGAGACUUUAGUAGCAUUGACAUGGGCUCAGAUAGAACCAGACCCCUGAGUCCUCCAAAACUUCCUGUAAUGCAGAAACCCAGUUUACCAAAAGAUAUCACUGCUUCACCACUGUCUGAACAGCACAACUGUGCUUUGUUUGUGCCAAAGAUGAAUCCUCUCCCCAGUGUGUUUGCUUUAGGAAUGAGUCCUGCUAAACCACAGCGACCCCCAUAUGUUAACCUUGCCAUGUUCAGAGGAAACGUAUCUAACACCUGCAACUCGGAGCAAUUUUUCCCACUCUCACCACCACCUGAACACCCGUCAAUCACAUAUGUGACUCCGCCCCCACCAGCAGACUUUACAUUUCCACCUGCACCCCUUCCCAUGGAUCCAGUACUCAUGGAGGAUCAUUAUGAUGAUGUGGAGUUCACAGAUACAACACAAUCUUCACUAGGUAUAAGCAGCAUUGAUCCUGAGGAGUCGGAUGAGGAGACAUACAUGGAUCUAGAUGAAAGCUGGCCAGAAAACAAGAAAGAACCCAUGGAGGAAACAAAACAACAGGAAUCCAAGGAAGAGAAGAAAAAGCUUGAAAAAGAAGAGAAGAAACGCUUAGAGCUGGAGAAGAAACUGAAAAAGGAAAGAGAGAAAAGAGAGCAGGAAGCCAGAAAAAAGUUCAAAAUCAAGGGUCCGAUUGCUGUGGUUGAAACAGUGAAGGCCCAAGUGGAAGUCAAGGGUGGGAAGAACAAGCUUCCACUGAAGCACGGAGAGACUAUCGAAAUCGUGUGCAAAAUAGGAUACCCAAAAGACAACUGGCUCGCUCGAAACAGUGAAGGCCACUAUGGUUUUGUGAAGCCUGACACAGUUGCUGUUGAGAGUGGUGACAUGAUAUACACACAAGACGUGUAUGAUGAUGCUGGGGUGGAUGAUGAAGACAUCAAUCUACCAGAAGAUUCACCAACUGAUUUCAGCUUCCCCCCUCCACCUCCUGCAGAUCAGCUUGAAUCUAAUGGUGGAGGAGCCACUGAGGAAACAUAUGACGAUAUUUCAACAAACUUUCCUCCACCUCCAUCUCCCAACUGUAUUCGAAGGUUCAGCUCAACAAGCAAGACAGAGGAGAUGGACCCAAAAGCAAAGAAAAAGUUUGAAAAAGAGGAGAAAGAGUUUAGGAAGAAGUUUAAAUAUAAUGGAGAAAUCAGAGUGCUGUAUCAAGGUACUGUUCUACCAUCACUGUCCAUAAAGAAGUUUGGUAACAAAGAUUUGCCGGUCAAACCCGGAGAGAUCAUAGAUGUAAUAGUUUGUCCAGUCGGUGGCAAAUUUAUCGGCCGGAACAGCGAAGGCAAAUGUGACAUGCAGGUGUCGCGAGUGCAGCGCAUCACCAGCACAUCAGAAGUGCAGCACGAGCGCAUCGUACAGACAUGUCCGAGCCUGAACCUUUAUUUCCGCCGCCAAAGCAGCGUUGAUGGUUACCCAGUCUGUAAAGUUUGUCGCAAAAAAGGAACGGUUCAGACUGGAAACGCUUCAAACCUUAAGCACCUUCUUUGGAGCACCAUCCCACGGAAUCUUUGGAGAUGA